GCAGAAGACGAACAACACUUCCUUGGCCACGGGCCCCCGAGCGGCGCCGAACGAACGAACAAAGCCGACGCGCACGCGCCGCUGACUCCUCCUCCCCCCACCCCACCCACCUUCUCCGUCUUCUUCUUCCUCAGACCAACCGAGCCGACCCCGAUCCGGUCAAAAUCCAGACGGCUGACUGCUUCCUCCGCGCUCCCGAUCCCUCCCUCCCUCCCCGACGAAGCCAUGGUGUGCGUGGCGUGCCUGAUCCCGCUCUUCCUCAUCCCCUUCGUCAACGCGCUCCCCUACCUCUUCGACCUCCUCCUCAGCAAGGUUUAUCGCAUGCUUGGAUGGGAAUACAGGAGGCCCGAGAGAGUCCCAGCUGCCUGCCCGUUCAAGCCUGCAGCAAACAAGACUGAAGGUGUAACAGGUGAAUCAACGCCUCUAGUUAACCCACAUGUCGCGGGUGAAUCGAAAACUCUGAUGGAACCCCAGAGUGCCACAGCGGACGGGAAGAAAGAUGAUUAACACAUGCGUUGUGUUUAUAAUCAAACCGCAACUAAAAUAAUAAUUAUUGUAAGAAUGUAUACUUGGAGCAAUAGAUAUUAAAUGUUACAAUGGUGUUUCUCACGGUUCCUUUUCCAACAUUA